AUGUGGUCGAUGCCUGUGAAUUCCAGCCUCAAAAUGUGGCGCUUUGAUCAAUCAAUAUCUUUUUCCCGUACUGCGGCUAAUUGUGAGACAAAUCUUUCCUGUACCCAAGAAAUGAAAAGCAGCAAAAAUCACUCAUUUGAAAAACAGCUGUCAUUUUGCUCUACUUAUGGAACUUGGAAAGGAAGGGGCAGGGUGUCUUGCAGGUGGGUGUCUUGUAUGGAUUAUGUCUGCUACCCCACGAUCAACACCACGCAAAAGGCACCAUGUCAGUGGCUCAGGAAACACGCCCUCUGGCAAGCGAGCCCAGAAGAGAACAGAUGAUGACAAUACGAUAUGCCGGUCAUUACCCUUCGGAAGUCCAAAGAAAACACGUUCUCGGGGAUAUAUCUACUCCCCACGUCGCACACCCCAAAAGUCCCCAGUCAAGAGACACGACUGGACUGACCAAGAGAACAGAGCCUUAAUCGAGUUCGUCGACCUUUCCAUGCUGGAUGAAAACCACAACAUUGAGGAGGAAAAUCACUGGCCAAUGAAGGGUGUCGACAGCCCCUAUUGGAAAAAAGCUGCCAAAGCAAUAAAGAAAAGGACACAUAGCAGCAUACUUCUUACAGCUAGCAGAGUAAGAAAACAGAACCAAAAACUCAGGACACAGUUUGAUAAAUCCAUCAAGAAGGCAGCUGCACACUUUGGACUCGAUGUCGACAUCAUCAGCAAAACCAGAAAGACCACAAAUACAUUCGACAGAGCGACUCAAACAGAGCCCAUGAAACAGCCCAUGACACAAGACUCUGGAAUACAAACUACCGGUACAGCACAAGAACAGUACACAGAACAGAACCUCCUUGAAGAUGAUAGUAGUGAUACAAGUGUGAAGGCGGGCCUGGCAAUGUGUAAGGCCCUGUUGCCUUCAUCUUUAAGCACCCUCCUCGUUCUGCUCAUUCCACAUAUUGUAAAUCUCCCCAGCACCCCAUCAUUUGGAGAUGAACUGUUCUCUAAUGUGGCUACAGCUAGGGGCAUCAAUACCUACCCAACAGAUUUUUUCUCGAGGUCCCUGGAUGCAAUGACGACUCUCCAAGACAGCAACAAGCCAAACCUCAUGUACAUACUUGCUCGUUUCCUUACCGAGAAGAGACCAGGAACCAGCAUUCCACUCCUGCAGCUGGACAGGAUGCCGUUCGGGAUGAUCCAGUACCAGCUACAGUUUUAUAAUGCCACAAAUGUUCACCAGAUCAACACAUCUCCCGACUACGCAGUCUGGCUGGAAACCAUGGUCGCUGAGUUCCCCACCCGGUUCAUUCGGCUGUUCAGGGGGCCAGGCUGGAGUGGCGUCGCAAGCCAGGAUAAGAACAACCCCUUGAAGGCUCGAAUGAAUGUUGCAGCUCCCUCGUUGAGCACUGUGUACAGGAGAGUUCGCCAGGACAAAUUUGAUGGCAGUCCUCAGAUACAGAUCGGAGCUCUCGAGGCCAUGGCCAAGACCAAACCAGGUGCCCGGGUUUGGUUCAAGGCAGAUGCGUGUGAUCUCAAAGUCGCCAUCCAGACGUCAAUGAAGGGCAAGUGGUCCGGAGACGUUGAUUUUGGAGACGGGAGCGUACAGAAGAUGUACGGGGAGUGUCAGAGGAGACUGGCUCUGGUCAAGGAGGCGGGUCAGCUGUCAGACCGCGACCGACUUGAGACAUGCCUCCGUACACUUUUAGUGGAUAUGGCGGAGGACGUGUCUCUCCUGGCUCGUGGUCUGACAGCUGCCAAUGACAAGUACGAGGCGAAGUACCGUCAGUCCAACUCUUCCGUCGAAAUGCUCAAAAUGCUGGCCUGGGAGAGGAUUGAGUACAACACGCUCCUCGAACAGGCCAAGGCAUACCAUGACAGAUAUGAAAGCCUGCUGAGAGCACUGGAUCCGUCAGCCCCUGCAACGGGACAGGUCAGGAAGUGCCUCAAGGAGCUGGCCCCAGACAGCCAGAUCUUCCUGAACAAUCUGUUCAAGAAGAAAAGGCAGGCAGCGGACCAUGCUAUGGUCAUAAUGGUGGCUGAUGAGAGGCGCCGGCAGAAGCCCUAUGCGGUACCAGUGAAGGACAGCACGAGGAACACCAGUCCUGCCACCAUCCUCAAGUUUUUAAGGAAAGUUGGAGCGGAUGAGCAUGGCACACCCCUGACGGAGUUGAGAGAGACUUCCAUUCCACCAGAAGUCAUUGAAGAGUUUCACCAGCUGACUGCUGUUGAGGGUAUGACCGAGGAGGAUGCUGUCGUGAGACUGAGGGGACAGCUAGUGCCUCCAGGGUACAGCCCUGCCAGCUUCAGGCUCAACUCACCAGAGGGGCAUGUUGACAGACUAAGGUCUAUUCUUGCUACAUACCGAUACAGGAAGCGGUUAGACGAGUACCAGUUGCAGGGAGUUGACCUGAAACUGCACAUGUACGUUCCAGAAAAGGAAGAGGGGGUUUACGUGCAUCGGCGUGAGGAUCAUUGCCACAUCCUCAAACGGUUAGCAGGCCACCUGCGGACAGAUCCUCCACGCUGGUUCAACCAUAGGGCUCUGGAGGAGGCACUGCAUCCAGGGGAAGGUGAGCCCAAGACCGGGUUUAGCCGAGGUGUGCUCGGGUGGAGCAGGGAGACCCUUGUAGCUGUCACAGCGAACAUCGCAUCCAUGGAACUCCGUAGGAGGGAAGCAGCUGACAUCGGUUACGAAGAGCACCCACGUGCGGGCACCACGGAUGAUGUCGAGGGGUUCUUUGCCGGAUUGCAUAGACACCUGGGCAACGUCUUCACCCUCAAGCAACUCCAUGAGCGCUGGCCAACAGAAGUCAGGGAAUUCUCAAAGAGAAUUGACCCGGACCUGCCUUUCUACUACUGGACAAUCAGUGAGAGGUUCAGGGAAGCAGAAGACACUUACCCAUCCUUCAAUGAUGACCCUGAGGAUGGUCGUCUGCGCCUCCACCGACUGCGCACUUGUAGAAGGGAAGACGCUUCGAUUUUCACAAGUGCAAGGGGUGUCCUGCCGGUCAGGAACAGGGGGACAAUCAGGCAGAUAAUGCACAGACCAGAAGUGCCACUGCCUGAGGUCCCAAAUAGCUUGCUACCUGUUUAGAAUAUUACUUUUAAACUGUUAUAUCAACCUGCAGGGUUGGACAAGUCCACUAGUUUUAUUGUCCCAGGCAAUUGAAAGUGCUGAUUGUGCAAGCUCAUGUCCUACCCCACUUGCCUGAUUGGUCAAGUAAGAUUUUUUGAUGAGUGAGAUUUUGAUAUACUUGUACUUUUUACACCAAGCAUUGUUGUUUUUUUUUUACAGAAGAAAGUGCCUAUAGCCAUUUGUUUCCACUUGUCACCACUGUUGUAUAUACCUAAGUCUUUUAUUUUAUGUAAGUUUACUUUUCAUUCUGUGUAUGUAUACUUGUAACAGAUCCUAUUUUGUUGCAAGUGAGGAAAGAAGAGAACUUGGGUAUAGACAUUGUUGCAAGUGUUAUACAGGUAUUGACUUUAUAUGACAAUCAGUUUUUGAUCUUGAGACUACAGGUAUAUAUAGACAUUGUCGCAAGUGUCAUACGGGUUUUUGCAUAGUUGUGCUUUGAAGUAUGCUUCUGUCAAAC